AUGGUAUCAAAGUCAACCCAUUUCUCAAAAAGGGUUUACCAAGAUACAAUCGCAACUGAUGGACUCUUUGACAACUUGUAUGAGAAAGAGAUCGUUUCGAUAGUUUGCAGGUUACUGGAACAGGGUUUGGAACCUCAGAGGGCUUUUUCAAGUAGUAAUCACAAGCUAUCAGUUACCACUCCAUUCGCUGUCAAGCAGUCUCACGAGAUCAAAUAUUCGCAUUUAGAUAUAGCUGGUAGACCAGUUGUUGUGCUCGAAAAGAACAACGUUGUCCCAGAUCACAAUCAGAAUAUACAGGUCUACUAUAAGUUCAGCAACAUCAAUCUGCUGAGUGAGCCAUUGAUGUUAAUCUCUGGCUUUUUUGUUUUGUUCAUCACUUGCAUCAUUUACACGCGGGCUGACUUCUCCAUCUCCAAGUCCUCUGUCACUUAA